AAGCUGGGACUGGUGGUGCACGGCCGUAACCCCUGCUCCCUUGCAGCCAUCUACUCAUUUAACCCUUGGAACCACCCUAUGAGUUAUGCCUUUCCAGGACACUGACCUUCCCCAGAAGGAACAGGAGAAAAUGACCAGGUUUCAGGAGGCAGUGACAUUCAAGGACGUGGCUGUGGUCUUCACCACAGAAGAACUGGGGCUGCUGGACCCUACCCAGAGGGAACUGUAUGAAGAUGUAAUGGUGGAGAAUUUUAAGAACCUGGUUGCAGUGGGGCAUCUUCCCUUCAAACCAGACAUGGUAUCCCAGUUGGAAGCAGAAGAAAAGCUUUGGGUGAUGGAAACAGAGACCCAUGGAAAUUGCAUAAAUCAAAAUGAGAUGACGACUCUUCAAAGAUUUACAGUAAAAUACCUUUCAGAGUUAUCCUGCUGGCAAAUCUGGAAACAUGUUGCAAGUGAAUUAACCAGGUGUCUUCACAGGACAAAUUCCUGGUUGCUACAAGGCAGUUGCAUUCAGGUUUUUGAAAAUGAAAGCAAUGUUAGGGAUCAUAAAAGAAAUCACUCCAGGUAUAUUGAAAAUCAAGUGUUUUCAAUUUCAGGAAUUCAGAAUUCUUCCCCAAAUGAGUGUUUGAUUGAGUCACAGAAUCAAAGUAGUGGUAAACAAGUGGAUGCGAAAAACAAGCUGUAUUUGAAUGAAGAUGUGAUGAAGAAAUUAUGCAGUGAGCACAUCGAAAGCAAUACAGAGCAACAAUCCUACCAGCAUAGUGAAUGUGGCCGAAGUAUGAGAGAGGGCUCCAGUGGGCAGUUACCAUUAGGAGAGAAACUGCGUCCGUGCCGCGAGUGUGAAUGGGGCCUCAGUUACAGGUCAGUGCUUCAGCAGAACAUGCGCACCAGAGAGAGAUGCUUCAGUCAAAGCUUGCACUCACAGUCUCCUUUGAGAAUUCACCCAGUGGAGAAACUGCAUGAUGGUCACGAGCCUGGAAGUUGCUCCAGUAGGAGUCCUUGUCUUUCUCAUCAGCCUAAUCAUAUAGGUGAGAAGUCCUUUACAUGUGACAGUUGUGGCAAGGGAUUCAGUAGCAGCACAGGCCUCAUCAUUCAUUACCGAACUCACACUGGAGAGAAACCUUAUAAAUGUGAGGAAUGCGGCAAAUGUUUUAGUCAGAGUUCAAAUUUUCAGUGUCAUCAGAGGGUCCAUACUGAAGAAAAACCAUACAAGUGUGAAGAGUGUGGUAAGGGCUUUGGUUGGAGUGUUAAUCUCCGUGUCCAUCAGAGGGUCCAUAGCGGUGAAAAACCCUAUAAAUGUGAAGAGUGUGGUAAGGGUUUCACUCAGGCCGCACAUUUUCACAUACAUCAGAGAGUCCACACCGGAGAGAAACCCUACAAAUGUGAUGUGUGUGGUAAGGGCUUCAGUCACAAUUCACCAUUAAUAUGCCAUCGGAGAGUCCAUACUGGAGAGAAACCAUAUAAAUGUGAGGCAUGUGGGAAAGGCUUUACCCAAAACACAGAUCUUCACAUCCAUUUCAGAGUUCACACAGGAGAAAAACCCUACAAAUGUAAGGAGUGUGGUAAGGGCUUCAGUCAGGCUUCCAAUCUUCAAGUCCAUCAGAAUAUCCACACAGGGGAGAAACGAUUCAAAUGUGAAACAUGUGGGAAGGGCUUCAGUCAGUCUUCAAAGCUACAAACCCAUCAGAGAGUCCACACGGGCGAGAAACCGUACAAAUGUGACGUGUGUGGUAAGCACUUCAGUUACAGUUCAAAUCUUAAACUACACCAAGUAAUUCACACUGGAGAAAAACCAUAUAAAUGUGAAGAGUGUGGAAAGGGCUUCAGUUGGAGAUCAAAUCUUCAUGCUCAUCAGAGAGUCCACUCAGGAGAGAAACCCUAUAAAUGUGAAGAAUGUGAUAAGAGCUUCAGUCAGGCCAUUGAUUUUCGGGUACAUCAGAGAGUCCAUACUGGAGAGAAGCCAUACAAAUGUGGUGUAUGUGGGAAGGGUUUCAGUCAGUCAUCUGGCCUCCAAUCCCACCAAAGAGUUCACACUGGAGAGAAGCCAUACAAAUGUGAAGUGUGUGGUAAGGGCUUUCGAUACAGCUCACAGUUUAUAUACCAUCAGCGAGGCCACACUGGAGAGAAACCUUACAAAUGUGAGAAGUGUGGGAAAGGCUUUGGAAGGAACUUGAACCUUCGCCAUCAUCAGAGGGUCCACACGGGAGAGAAACCCCACAAAUGUGAGGAGUGUGGGAAGGCCUUCAGCCUCCCCUCAAAUCUUCGAGUUCACUUGCAUGUUCACACUAGGGAGAAACUCUUUAAAUGUGAGGCAUGUGGGAAGGGCUUUAGUCAUAGUGCACGCCUUCAGGCCCACCAGAGAGUCCAUACUGGGGAGAAACCAUACAAAUGUGAUGUGUGUGGUAAAGACUUCAGUCACCAUUCCCGUCUUACAUACCAUCAGAGAGUCCACACUGGCAAAAAGCUCUAGAAAUAAGGAAUUUAUUCAUGGUUUUUGACAAAAUACACAUUUUUAGGUUUUUAGAAAGUCCAUACUGGUGAUAAACUAUAAAAAUAUUCUUCAGACUCAGAAGCUAAUAUAUGCUUUAAAAUAAUAACAAAUAGUUACAGGACUACAACUCAUAUUUAAGGAAUUAGAGCUUUCAGUCCUCUUGGCAAUACACAUUUAAUAUAAAUGACCUUUCAGCGUGACUCCACCGAAAGAUAAUGUGUAAAAAUACUUGUCGCUAAUUAAUUAUU